CAUUCCAAGAAACGGGAAUUGAAAUGUGACAUGUGUUCAUAGAAUAAGCAAAUGGGAAGGAUGUUCCCAGUUGCAGGGGGCGUGUGGAAAUCCUCCCUUCCAACCCAUGUGUGUGUGUGUGUGUGUUCGCGGAAAUGUCCUGGUACUAAACGUGCCCUCUCGCUGGCAACAACACUGACUCCCAGCAAAGCGACCCGAGACACUUGUGCAUUGCCCUCGCCCCGACUACCAGCCAGGGGUAUUUAUCGCCCUUCCGGAAAUAAGGAGAGUGUUAAACAAGAGAGAGAGAGAGAGAGAGAGAGAGAGAGAGGGAAAAAAAGCGAAAGUGAAAGUCAUAGCAUGCGGGUCAGCGCCUGUGGACGCAGCGCAUUGCGAGAGGGGGCUUUUGAUCCUUGCCACCUCCUCUUUAUAAAAGUCUGUGGCAAGAGACACAGGGAUGGCAGCGCAGAGAGGCUGGACUGCGAGGAGGUGUUGAAGAGGCAGUACCCACCUGCUCCACAUGGCCUGGAUCAAGCAGUUUCUCCUCCUGUGGUCAAUCAUCCACGAGUCCCUUGCUUCCAAAGACACCUGCAGCAAACCCAAUUUUAAUAUUGAAAAUGUAGAUAUGAGUGACAUCAUGGAAACGCAGUUUGAAGUUGGCCGGAAACUUCGGCUGAAGUGCCAGAGGGGAUAUAAGAGGAAAGCGGGAAAAUCCAACCUCAUCAAAUGUCAGAGCGGCUCAGAAUUUGCCAAAUGGUCAGAUCCUAUCCUGCAGUGCAUAUGGAUGGGUGGGACUCCACCAGCAACUCCAAGCACCUCAUCAACUGAGAUCCCUAAGGAUUUGACUCCAACCGUCCAUGACACAUCAGCAAUGACGUCUUUAGCAACAUCUGUAGAACCUACAUCUGUAGAACCAACAUCUGUAGAACCUACAUCUGUAGAACCAGAAACAUCGGGAACUACAGCAGAGCAUUAUACAACAACGACAGUCACGUCAGAGACCUUAGGAAGCACUUUGUCAUCGGUGGUGACGACACUAACAGCAGCAGCAGCAGUAGAGUCCACAACCCUGACCACUGCAACAAGACCCCCUUCCGUCACAAGGCAAACUUCCACCAUCCCGCCAUUAGUCACAAACACCUCAGGAGGGGGGCCCUUAAACACGACACGGACAGCAGUAAGGUCGACGUCAAAUGUCUCGACUGUUGCGACUGGGUCCUCACCACCAGUACCAUCAGGCAGCAAACAGAGCACGGAAGCUGAAACAACAAUCAUGUUCAGCACCACAGGAAUGGAAGCAGUAACGACCAGGACAGCACUGGCAGAAACAUCAGUACAUUCUUCCACAACUUCAGAAACAACUUCUGAAAUUGCUUCCACAACUAUUGCUGCCACAGAUAUCAACCGAACAGUGCCCGCUGGAAAGAGCCUUGGAUUAGUCAUCGGGGCCAGCACAAGCAGCUGCUUUGUCAUAUUGCUGGUCAUUUUACUCUUCAUUUGGCCAUUAGUUUGCAAAAACAGAACUUGGUGCACCAGGCCGGGCGUCGCUGAACAUGAAUUGACCCCAAUGGCACUGACGGAGGUACAAACAAUGGAGAAUCUGAGUGAGUCUGGACUUUUACAGCAAGAGGCAGAGAGUUGAUUUUCACCAACCGGUGAUAUGGUACCACCAUGUACAACGGCAAUGAGGGAAAACAUGUAAAUGGGUCUGAGGACGAGCCAAAGAAUCAACGUUGUACGUGCCGCAGCCGCGCACGAAGCCGAGAUAAAUUCAGACUGCCUUGCAUUAUUGCCACAUCAACGAGCCAUCUGGAUACAUUUCAUCUGCCUGCUACUGUGGAGAACAGAGACUAGAAAAUGGACCACAGACAAUUGUUUCUCCUCAGUUAUAUUUAAUGGAUGAGCCAGGAUCAGGAAUUACCUCUAGAUACUAUUUGUGGGAGAUUUUUUUAAACCUCCCUUAACCUGGUGGCAAAGAGGUGAGCAGAAGAUUCUGAACUUUGAGAUAAAUGGUUAUAAUUAUAUAUUUCUAUUCCAUUCACCAGUAAAAUAAUAAUUGAUCCAUGUCUCGAUUUCUGCAUGUGUAUUCCAGAUGGGAGUUUUAUUUUUUCAUCAAGAUGCUUUUAUGUAAUUUUCAAGAUGCAUUGCUUAGCAGCUGCACUGUUUCGAAUGAUUGAAAGAUUUCCUUUUCUCAAAGGAUCAGUCUCAGGGUUAGAAGUUGCGUCUCACAGUGCCCCAUUUUUAUGUGUCGCCCGUGCUAAGACAAGUUUAAUUUAAAUCUCCUUAGCCAAGCACAACAGGAACACAGACGGAUACAGCAUGGACACCGGCCCUUCGGCCCACUUCACCCAUGCCAACCAUCGACCAUCUAUUCACACCAAAUCCCACACUAAUAUCUGUGCAUUUGAUACCAAAUACCAGAUGUGUGUGGUGAAAUUAGAUACCUAUUUGGAAAUCAUUCUGGUACAAUCCUUUUGUGGAUUGAAGACCCGUUACCAUAGCUGAUUACAAGUGGCAGAGCUAACAUAACAAUGACUUGUAUGUGGUGCUUAAAAAAAAAAGGUGCAGGAGUCAGCCAUUCGGCCCUUUGAGCCAGCACUGCCAUUCAAUAUGAUCAUGGCUGAUCAUCUAAAAUCACUACACCAUUCCUGCUAUUUCCCCAUAUCCCUUGAUUCCUUUAGCCCCAAGAGCUAAAUCUAACUCUCUCGAGAAGUCUUAUGCGUAGGUGUGCAUAACCUGAAACCUGCACCUCUCCUUGCGUUAGUACCCAAGCCAGUAUCUUAUGAUCGAGUGGUGUCAGGGGUUAUGGGGAGAAGGCAGGAGAAUAACGGGUUGAAGAGAAAGUUAAGUCAACCAUGAUUGAAUGGCGGGGCAGACUUGAUGGACCGAAUGGCCUAAUUCUGCUCCAAUCGCUUACGAAGUAGGCACAUGUACCAUCCUUAAUUAGCAAGUUCUGGCUAAUAAUCUUAAGAAAUGGGUUCUUCCAAUAGAAAAAUAUAUAGUUUUGACAGGAACUGUGUAUACAUCUUGGCAUGUAUAUCAUUGUAUUUAUGAUAUUUGGUGUACUAUUUUUUAAAUUAUAAAUAUAAAUAGGAGUAAUGCCUAUCGUUACUAAUUCUGCAUCAAAGUGGUUAAUGUGAAUUAGAUUUGAUACUUAAGUGAUUAAAAAACAAAGCCUGAAAUAGUAAUGUCUUAAUGUGAAGCUUGGGUGGAUGAUGUGAAUGUUGACUGCAUGACAUGCCUGUGGUGACAUUUCUGCAAAAACAAAUUCCUGUUUAUCUUUUAAUUCAAAACAUUAGUAAGGACUUCCUUGUUUGCACGCAAUAUGCAUGGAUGUUAUAAUUCAUGUUUAUUUAUGAUUGCAUAACAAAAAAUUGGUAUCCUUAGCUGAAGGGUCGCCUGUCCAUGUUCUCCAGAGAUGCUGCCUGACCCGGUGAGUUACUCCUGCACUCUGUGUCCUUUCGUGUAAAGCAGCAUCUGUAGUUCCUUGUUCCUACUUUCCUUCACCUCCAAAGCCCGCAAUCUUUACCACCGACGUGGUCAUGGGCAGCAGGCACAGGGUAUCUCAUUUCCCAAUUGGUAUCUUAACUCCAUUUUACAAUGCACCAUUUCGGGCAGCAGGGUGGCGCAGCAGUAAAGUUGCUG